AUGCAUACCCAUACGUCGAUACUGCUUCUACUCCUGCCUUCCGCACACGCCGGAUGGCGGAAGGAAGAGAUCAAGAACUGGAAUAAGGAUAUGGAAAACCCCGAAAGCCUGGCAAGAUCUCGACCAGAACUGUCCUUCCUGAUCCAACACAGCUCGCAUGGUCAUACCCAUGACCUCUGCGACGAGUAUUGGCGCCCUGCAUCGGAUCCACCUCCUCCCGAUCAGGUCGAUAAGCCGAUCAACAUCUACUGGGAUCAUAUGCUAAAGAUGGGGUCGGCCGCCAUCACCAGGCUGGAGUCGGACCCGAAUGAUGAGAAGAGCUGGAUCAAUGACCCGGAAGCGAGGAAGCUUUUGAAAGCAUUCUUCGCUGUUGACAUCGAAGAGCCACGGGCAGACGACUCGCAGACCCCUGCGAAACCGGCACUUCCUGCGGGAACACUUGCAGCAUAUCGAUGGCGAAUUGCCAGAGACGACUUCUGGUGGUUCCUCGCCACCUCGGACGGCUGCAAAGUGUACGUUCGGUUGAGCAAGCAUCAGUUCCCACCUCCAGAUCAGGACAAUGAGCCGCCAUUCCGCAGAAACCCGGAACGCUACAACCAGUACGACCCUUGCUACCAGAACCCCAGCGGUGCAUUCACGAUCUGGAUCGACCCCAUUAGCACCAUUACACUCUGUCCUGAUAGCUUUCAACGUUUCCCGAGCGACAGACCUGACCUCACUCUGCCAGAGAUACCGUCAGAGCUUACGAUCUACAGAGGAACAUCACCGGCCAAUCAAGCGCAACCCGAUGAUCCAGAGAUCACGAAGCUAUCUCCAAAAGCUGGGCUGGAAGAUCACACUUUGGAAGAUACAGCUGUCAAUGCCUUGACGUGGUAUCGCGAGCUGUUUCGACUAGCUGGGAGGGUUCCCGGGAGUUCGAUCAAUGAAGUGACAUAUAUCCCCCGAACUGUCGCGAAACCGGAGGCUGCUGCGCAUGUCGACCUAUGGUACCAAGGUCGCCGCAACUGGAACAUCGACGCUACGAGGGUAGCCGAGAGUCCGAGUGAGUGCCUGCUCCUGGCCUUGAACGAACUCGCGCCUCCUUUGAUGGGACACCAGGAACAACCCGCAGCUGUGAAACAUGUCGCCAACUAUGCUUGGUUCAGUCUGGCGGUGUAUUUGCAAGGAGAGAUCGAUUGGUCCACGGGAGAGGCGAGGUGUGCUGGGCUGCCGUAUGCACCGGUGACGGCGAUUGGGUAG